AUGGUCCUGAAGGAGAUACCCAGUAAGGCGUCAUCAGAAGGAAAGCCCCUCCUCACAGUGACUACCAAGCUGGUGGGUGAGCAACAAGAGAGCCGGCCCCUUCUCAGUCCCUCCAUCGAUGAUUUCCUGUGUGAGACCAAAUGCGAUGGAGUCUCCCGCCCUGUGACGUCCAACACUGCUGUUCUGUCUUCUAGUCUGGACCUGUUGGAUCUGAGCGAACCUGGGGAGAGAAGACAUAGUAAAGACAAGAAGAACCCACUCAUCUCCCGUAGCAACAGCCACAAGAACAACUCUCAUCGGAAGAAAACGGAUGAGACGGAGCUGAUCCAGGUGGAGGUGGAGCAGACAGCAGUGGACGCUCGUACCCCAGAGAGAGCCUCACUAGAUUCAGCUACUAUUGGAUCGCAGCUCGACAAGUGGGAGGAGCAUCCAAGUGUGGAAAGAAACGGCAACAAGAAGUGGAAGCAGGAGCGACGGCGUUCUUCCAAAAAUGCUUCGAAUGAGUUUCUGUGGUCCAUAGAGAGUAAAAAUCAAAUAGAACCACUGAAUAAAAAUGCACUGGAAUUAAAUACCAGAGCAGACGCAGACACUGCACUUGCCAGUCAAGCACGCCUCACCAAGGAGCAGCGAUGGGGAAGCACACUCUUAUCCAGACACCAGUCCCUCGAGGAGGAGUUUGAGCGGGCCAAGGCUGCGGUUGAGUCGGAUACAGAGUUCUGGGACAAGAUGCAGGCUGAGUGGGAAGAGCUCGCACGGCGAAACUGGCUGACUGAGAAUGAGCAGGGGCAGAUCCCCUCCUCUGUGUCUCCACAUGAGAAGGGCUACUACUUCCACACAGAUAAUCCUUAUAAGGACAUGCCCAACGUGUUUGACGAGGGACAGAAGAAGUCUCGGGAAGGAGACUUACAGACUGCUGUCCUUUUGCUGGAGGCAGCGGUGUUGCAAGACCCCCAAGACUCAGAGGCUUGGCAAGUGUUGGGGACCACCCAGGCUGAAAAUGAGAACGAGCAGGCAGCAAUUGUUUCCCUCCAAAGGUGUUUGGAGCUCCACCCUAACAACCUGACAGCCCUCAUGGCUCUGGCUGUGAGUCUAACAAACACUGGGAUGCGGCAGGACGCCUGCGAGACCCUGCUGCGCUGGCUGCGACACAACCCCAAGUACAAACAGCUGCUUAAGGGCAAAAGUCACCUGGGGUCGCCCAACUCUCACCGGAGGUUGUCCCAUGUUCCACACGUGGGCCGACAUGAAAGUGCUCUGUUACCAGAUGUGAAGGAUUUGUAUCUGGAGGCGGCUCAGCACCACCCUGACAGCGUGGACCCGGACCUGCAGACGGGGCUCGGGGUUCUCUACAACCUGAGCGGAGAGUUCAACAAAGCUGUAGACGCCUUCAACACGGCCCUCUCGGUGCGGCCAGAGGACUACUUACUGUGGAACCGGCUCGGGGCCACACUGGCAAACGGAGACCGCAGUGAGGAGGCGGUGGAGGCCUACACCCGGGCCCUGGAGCUGCAGCCAGGCUUCAUCCGCUCCCGCUACAACAUGGGCAUUAGCUGCAUCAACCUGGGAGCGCACAGAGAGGCGGCCAGUAACUUCCUAACUGCCUUAAGCCUUCAGAGGAAGAGUCAGAGUGUGCAGCAGUCCCACCAGGUGAUGUCAGGAAACAUCUGGGCGGCUCUGAGGAUAGCUCUGUCUAUGAUGGACCAGCCUGAACUGUUCCAGGCAGCCAACAUCGGGGAUCUGGACCUCCUCAUGAAGGCUUUUAAUCUAGAAAUGUAA